AUGUCCUCAGACCGCGCCGAGAGCACGGCUGCUGGCGAUCCCCGCCAGCAGUCGUCAACAGCUUCUAGCGGGUCGUCGAAUGCCAGCAGUACCAGCUCUGACGAGGUCAGCAGCACUCUCUCCGACAGCAGCAGCAGCAGCAGCAGUAGCCACAGCAGCAGUUCCUCUGGGUUCGAAUCAUCUGAUAGCGAGCGCCCUUCGUCCCCACCGCAGGGUCAAAACGCCGUUUCAGUAGGGAGAGCCGCGGCCACGCAACAGCCACAGCAGCAGCAGCAGCAGCAGCAGCAGCAGCGGCAUGUGCAGCUGAAUCCCGAAUUGCGCUUUGAGAGGCCAGACAAGGAGUACAUCCCACCACCGCCCCUCAAGGACAUGCAGGACAUGGCUAAGGUGCUGUUUUUCUUGAGUACCGAUAAGAAGCGCUAUCCGGAUGGGCGCCACCGCACGCUGGAUUACUUCCGUGCCGCGGUGGAGAUGUUCGUGACGGAGGUACGGCAGGAGUACCAACGGCAGUAUCAACAGGCGCAGCGCAGCGGCCGUGCGAUGCAACGCUUAACAUGGAAGAACUCGGGGGAACUGGCGAUUUGCUUUGCCUGCUGCUGCGACAAUGUGAAGCUUCUGUACGACAACCUCCAGCCCGGCCCCCUCAAACCGCUCUGGGAUGCCUUUGUGGGCCAGCUUGCGCCGAUGCUCAUCGUUCAAAGUCGAGUGCCAGAGGCGAUGCUGUCGUCCCAGACGUAUCACAUCAAGUACAUGGACUGGGUUAAGGGCGGCACACGUUACGGUGGCGAGCAGUCGGCCGCGAAUGUCCGUUUUCCCUCAGCAUUGGACCGCCGCGUAAAGGUCGAAACGUACCUACGGAGCGGCGCAGGGUACAAGAUCGAGGCUGUGCAGGUGGGGACGACAUCCGCCGCGUCGGCGGCCGUCCCCGCUGGGGUGACGCCUCGUCCUCCGUUGGCUGCUGCUGCGGCUCCAGUGCAGGCUACAGAGACCCGAGCGCCAUUCGCGGGGCGGUUACCCGGCACAGGUGCAGUGAAGUUGCCGGUCGUUCCUGGCGUCGGUGGACCUCGCCCGCCAGUGAAGGUGGCCAUGAAGCACGCUAGCGGUGGUGUUGGGCCCGGCACUGUGACGACUGCCACCGCUCCUCGACUCGCUUCCACAGGCGUGAAACAGAUGCCGCCGGAGAUGAAGCGUCUGUUUUGGUUGUCGGUACUGGCGCAUGUGAAGGGCGGGGAUGCGUCCCGGGCUUUUCCGGAUGAUCGACUGGAGGCCCUUCCCGGCCUUCUGCGACUGUGCGAGAUGACAGAACACACGGAGGAGAUGUGCAUCUUGAUGGACGUGCUGGCGGCCUCCAGCAGCAGCGUCCAGACAGUCUUUGAGCGCCUAGGCGGUCUUCUGUCGUUCCGCCGGUUCGCCUCCCACUUCAUCCAGAGUGAAGAGGCAGAGCCACUCAUGCAGCUUAUCGAGCAACUCGCGCGGUGGCGUGUCGUCGCAUGGGGCAGUACUUCUCAACAGGCGUGGCAGACCGAUAUGAACCAACGGCGCACACGCGACCUGAUGUGGCUCCGCACCCUGCCCCUCAUCCCGGAGGCAAAGAGGCCGGCGUGGGGCGCGCUGCUGCUGGUGAUGGAGCAACGGUACAUUUUCAAGACCCCGCGCCCUGAUGACGCGGACAUGGAGAAUCCGCUAAAGCGGAGGCGGCCCGAGGGCGAGUCCGGCUACCUGCACGCUAUGCUGAGUGACAACGUCGACAUGCAAAGGUGGGUGGUGCCCCGAGUCAAUGUGUUCUCCGCUAUUCGCCUACCAGUGGAGCUGCGUGUGCCGCCGCUGUGCACAAAGUUGGAGGAAGACACCGUGCGCUUCCUCAACUCCAAGCGCGACUACGCUGAGAAGAUGCAGGUGGUAUGGCGUGAGCGGCUAGAGAAGAUUCUGAGCGCGCAGCCUCGUGCGCCGGGUGCAGCUGUCUCGGUGCCUCUCUGGUAUGACCCGUACGCGCUACUGAGCGUGGCGUCUCCGCAACCAUGA